CUUGCAUGGAACAAAAGGCUGGUGGACUUGGGGGGAUUUCUCCGUACACCAACCAUUUCUCUCUCCCUCAUUUCUAUCGAUCCUCGACGUGUCUGCAAGACAUUGCACUUUGCCGACGACGACGGACCAGGCUCCCAGUUUAACCCCUCCGAUUGCCUGCGGAAUUCUCCGUCUCGGUAUCCGGUCGAGGUUGUUCCUAAUCAAAUUCAGCUGCAUCAUACGCACACCAAUUUGAACGGGUCAAAAAGCCGAACAUGGGAUAAGAACAACCACACCAAAAGACGAAAAAAGCACGGGCAGACCUGAAAGAUUGGGAUUGCUUGUGAUUCUGAACCGUUCAACUCCUUGUUCACUUACCAUUUACCACUCAGCACAGGCGUCGCUAGAAACUUGAGAAAAGGCGGAUCAUUUGGCACCUACCGUUGUUAUUGCCUUCUACGCUAGUGGGUUGUGCCGAACGCGACAGGUUGAUUUCACAGAUCCAGUCGCCGGAUCCCAUGCGGACGAGUACACAUUCCAGCUGGAUUUGACAGUCCAAUUCCUCCAAUCCAUGGAACCGCCUCCUGGAAUGAAUCGACCUAUAAUACAUCCUCGCUAUAAUACUCCAGACUCUUUAUCAUCCCGCAGCCCAAGUUAGGCGUGCGCCGCGGACCGCGCAGUCAAUUGCGACCUUACGUAGCUUCCGUCUUCGGCGCCCGAUAACAGAUCAACUCGGAACCGAAAAUCGACUUUUAUCACUACGGUCUGUCCCAGCCGAGCGUUCACAUCCACAUAUACGUUGCACUAUGGCGUUUAUCCAAGAUCCCCGUCUGCGUCAGCGCUGGAAUCAGAUCUCUCACAACGCCGAGGCGGUAACCGAGAACGCCGCCGCCGGCAUCUGGACCUUCCAGCACCAAUACAUCACCCCCUGCCUGUCAUCUCUCGCCGACUCCAUCGACAGCUGCACGAGCCUAUGUCUUGGAGACCGCGAAGAGCGUGCCCGACGCGCGCGCGAGCGAGACCGCGGAGCCCACCGUACGAGGGCCGAGUAUAUGUUUGAUUUUUACGACGACUGGGACGAUGACUUUGCUGCGGAUCAAGGAGCCGCCAGUGGUGGAGGAGGAGGAGGAGGAAUUUUCAGCGGCUGGGGCGGCGAGGACUGGGAUCGCUUACUGGCGGGGACGGGAAACGAUCGGAGACAUGCGGCCGGUGGUACGGGGGACGUGGUGGAUCAACCGAGACGAAAGAGAGGGAUGAGCUAUGGGACGAGAGGAGGACCAAGGAGGAAGGCUUCGUUGCCCGAGGACGACCCGACUGUGAUUCCGAGGACGGCACCGCUGGGAUUCUUGGGGCGAUUGCCCUUCAAGUUUGGCGGUACACUCAGGUACAAGCCUUCAGCGGCGAACUUGCGAGACCACCCGGGCGCUCUACUGCCUGGACAACAACAGCAGGGAGGACGCCGGCAUCGAGAUGAAAAUGAGCCGUUGCUGGGGACAAGCUCGGAGGAGGGUGAGCAUGCUCGGAACCAUGAACAACAUGCAAGGGAAUCGCCACAGUUGAGGCCGCGCAGUAAUACUGGCGAGUCAGAAGGCACAUCGUCGAGCUCGUAUCGAUCGAGGAACGACAUAUUCCCAAGUGAUGGCGAGGGCGAUGAGGAUGCGGUGCCGUUAGACGACGAAUUUGCGGUCGCCCUUGGCCGUGUGGAUGACGGGAGCAGUAACAGGACGAGAAGCACUAAGGGGAAACGGCCGGCGAACAGAGAUAGGGAAUCAGGGAUAGCGAGAUCAGUGUCAAGGACUACGAUAGCGUCGACCUACUCGGCCUACCGUAUCGAUGACACCAUGAUCUUCCCAACAUCGAGUUCAGAGGAUGCCCUGCCGACUCCAUCGCUCGAGGAUUUGCAGCGAGAGGAAGAACAGGCUGAGAGGGAAGAAUAUGAGGAGAUUGAACGCAAGAGAAAUGCUGCGUCUCGCUUGGCCGCACAGCGUGGAUUGCGCAAAGAAGAGGAGGGGGCUCCCAAGCCAGAGGCAGCACUGAAAUCGGGUCCGGAGCUGGAAUCAAAACAAGCCGAAGUAGACCAUGGACCGAUCCCCGAAGAACCAACUCUGCAUAAAAACAAAUCACAAGAUGAAACAAGGAAGAAUUAUGAGGAUGAAAUGAGGGAGACGAAGCUCCCAGCUUUUACGGAAGUCAGGAGCAAUGAUACUACGGUAGCCAAACAGACCCACAAUGGAGGUGCGAAGGAGAGCACGACAGCCAAACUCGAGGGAAGCAACACAGAGCUCCAAUUCAUACCAGCACGGUUGCCUCAUUUUGGAUGAAAUAACCAGGCCUCAUAAUGCAAGCCAGCGAACAGGGACUGGGGGCUACAAAACGGACCAAACGGUAUCACAGCUCUACAAGAUAGAUGUUACAGUUACGACUCUUUUUACGAACCCAAAACAACGAAGGAUAAUGCGGCUAAUGGUUCCCCCACGACUAAAUUGGUGGCUUAAUUAGAAGAAUGGGUUUUCUAUUCGAGACGAACUGAUAGAGACACGAGAUGCCCGGAUAUUAAGAGCCAGACACAUAAAAGAGGCCAUCGUUGGACGGUAGUCUUAGAACGGAGUUGGGGUCCUUUUGGAGUAAUCAGCUCGGGUUAUGAAGUAGGUUGGUUCGAAUGAUAGGUUCAACUUAGGAGGGUCUGUAUGAUUGUCUCGAUGAGUAGAAGCUUAGCUCAUGACAGUAGCAUGGUCAGACCUAUAUUAGCCUCGAAAACUGGUGUACCUGAAAUACGAGGGAGAAGAUGAAAGAAAAACAAAACAGCCCAUCAGGGUCCAAGUGGCAGAGUGCGCACACGUAUCGAUAACUAUAACGGAUAGAUUUAUGGGA